CACUAAGCAUAGUAGAUGUUAGCAAUAAAAUCUUUUAUUUUGCCACAACUUAAACAACUUGACCUUUUCAGGUAGGUGUUGAAGAUACUACCAGAUACUUCCUUUUUCUUUGAAAGUAAGCAGGAAAAUAACACUUUCUCUAAGGAGCAACUUGAUUCUUUUCAAAGACUGACGACUUUGGAAGCUGGCGGCAACAAUUUCAUUUGCUCCUGUGAAUUCCUGUCUUUCACGCGGGAGCAGCAAGCACUGGCCCAGAUCCUGACCGACUGGCCACACAAUUACCUGUGUGACUCUCCAUUCUAUGUGCGGGGCCAGCGGGUUCAGGACACCCAUCUCCCAGCUUCUGAAUGCCACAGGGCAGCUCUGGUGUCUGUCGUGUGCUGUGUCCUUUUCUUGUUGAUCCUGCUCACGGGGGUUCUGUGCCACCGUUUCCACGGGCUGUGGUACCUGAAAAUGAUGUGGGCUUGGCUCCAGGCCAAAAGGAAGCCCAGGAAAGCUCCCCAGCGGGACCUCUGUUAUGACGCCUUUGUGUCUUACAGCGAGCGGGAUUCCCACUGGGUGGAGAACCUUAUGGUCCAGGAGCUGGAGCACUUCGACCCUCCCUUCAAGUUGUGUCUUCACAAGCGGGACUUCAUUCCCGGCAAAUGGAUUAUCGACAACAUCAUCGACUCCAUCGAGAAGAGCCACAAAACCAUCUUUGUGCUUUCUGAAAACUUUGUGAAGAGUGAGUGGUGCAAGUACGAGCUGGACUUCUCCCACUUCCGUCUGUUUGAUGAGAACAACGAUGCUGUCAUUCUCAUUCUUCUGGAGCCCAUUGAGAAAAAAGGCCAUUUCCAGCAGGAAGUGUUUGGGUUGAAGAAUAAUGGUAGUUUUAAAAAUGGAAAUAUAUACAGAAUGAAAUAUUCUCAGUUUUCAAAACUUGGUUCUGUGUUGAUUUAGAAUUUACUGUUGUUU